UUUUGUAUUUUGACCUGGCGGAGCCACCGGUGAGGAAUAAUUGACGUGCAUUUCCAUUUCAUUUGUAUUUCAUCUCACAUUCUAUUUCCCAAUUUCAUUUCUCCAUAGAUACCUUAAUUGAGACGAACAUAUAAAAAUCUUCUUUAUUGCCAUACCUAUAUACACACAAUUAUUCUAAUUACAAAACCUUUUUUUUUUUUUUUUUACAUUUUCAAAUAGAAUUUAGGAAAAAAGAUUCAUAUGAAUGGAUAUAAAUAUCAGAUAAUUGGGUGAUUGAAACCCCAAUCCUACUCUUUCCGAUGCUCAAUCUGCUGUAAUUUUUGCAUUUUUUAAGCUUAAAUUUAAUCUUCGAUCGUCGAGGAAAAUGCCGUCAAACGCAGAUGUAGAUCGGCAGAUCGAGCAACUGAUGGAGUGUAAGCCUCUACCGGAAGCGGAGGUGAAGACGUUGUGUGAUCAAGCAAGGGCUAUACUUGUGGAGGAAUGGAAUGUGCAACCAGUCAAAUGUCCUGUCACUGUCUGCGGUGAUAUACAUGGUCAGUUCUACGAUCUGAUUGAACUUUUCCGAAUUGGUGGAAAUGCUCCGGAUACCAAUUAUCUCUUCAUGGGCGAUUAUGUUGACCGUGGGUACUAUUCAGUGGAGACUGUCUCACUAUUGGUUGCUCUGAAGGUCCGUUACAGAGAUAGAAUCACAAUUCUUAGGGGAAACCAUGAAAGCCGACAAAUCACUCAGGUGUAUGGUUUUUAUGAUGAAUGCUUGAGGAAGUAUGGAAAUGCCAAUGUUUGGAAGUAUUUCACUGAUCUUUUUGAUUAUCUACCACUAACAGCACUAAUAGAGAGUCAGGUAUUCUGUUUACAUGGAGGACUCUCUCCUUCUUUGGAUACACUGGAUAAUAUACGAUCAUUGGACCGUAUACAAGAGGUUCCACAUGAAGGACCAAUGUGCGACCUCCUGUGGUCUGAUCCAGAUGAUCGGUGUGGUUGGGGAAUAUCACCCCGAGGGGCUGGUUACACCUUUGGACAGGAUAUAGCAUCUCAGUUCAACCACACCAAUGGGCUCACUUUGAUUUCUAGAGCUCAUCAGCUUGUCAUGGAGGGUUUUAAUUGGUGUCAGGAUAAAAAUGUUGUGACAGUAUUUAGUGCUCCAAACUAUUGUUACCGGUGUGGUAACAUGGCUGCAAUACUAGAAAUAGGCGAAAACAUGGAGCAGAAUUUCCUUCAGUUUGACCCAGCUCCACGACAGAUAGAGCCUGACACCACAAGGAAGACUCCUGAUUACUUCUUGUGAUUCCAUUGGUUGCACUAAUUGUUUGUAGCUCUUCGAUGUCAUAUUGCUGUAGAUGUGUCUUAAAAAGAGGAGUUUUAUCAUUUGAGGAUUGUUGUCAACAUCAUUCUUUUGUUUGGAAGUCGUUCUGCUGCUCACUUUGAAUGUGUUUAGGUUCAUCUGUGAGUUGAGAAGAGGCACUAAAUCUUUGUCAUGUAUAUUGUUUUCUAGAGGAGCAGCAAUAACAUGGUGCAUUUUGUCCUAUGUUUUUGAAUUUUAUGCCAGAAGCAGUUAUUCCAUCCUCA